AUGGAUGAGCAAGACUCAGCUGGCCCUGAAGCAGGAAGAGGCCACGCCCUGGAAACUGGGAGCAGUGGGGGAUUGCGUGAAAACUCCAUGCAGAAGAUCCUGGAUGAGGAGGACACCCUUUGCUCAGCUGUGCAGAGCCAGCAGCUCAGGCAGUUCUGCUACCAGAAGGCCAAAGGACCCCGUGAGGUUUGCAACCAACUCUACCACCUUUGCCGUCAAUGGCUGAAGCCAGAAAGGCACACGAAAGCUCAGAUGCUGGACCUGGUGAUCUUGGAGCAGUUCCUGGCUGUCCUUCCUCUGGAGGUGGAGAGCUGGGUGAGGGAAUGCGGAGUGGAGACCAGUUCCCAGGCGGUGGCCCUGGCCGAAGGUUUCCUCCUGAGUCAGGCAGAGGAGAGGAAGCAGGCAGAGCAGCAGGUGAGAGAGACUUUCCUCUGGAUACUCCCAAGGGACUCCAAAGAGGAGGGAGCGUAUUCCCAAAUCAAUUCCUAAUGGCCCAUCCUUUUUUGGAAAGCAUAUUAUUAUUAUUAUUAUUAUUAUUAUUAUUAUUAAUGACAUCCAUGUGGCUGGGUGCCUUCCAGCACAUAUAAAAGCAUAAGAAGACAUCAGAUGUCUUCUAAAAGUUAUGCAUUUUCUUAUCUCCUUAUCACCUGAUGGGAGGGCAUUCCCCAGGGUGGGUCCCACUGUGGAGAAGGUCUUCUGUCUGGUUCCCUGUAACUUCACUUAUCACAGUGAGGGAAUCAGCAGAAGACCCUCGGAACUGGACCUCAGUUCAUGGAGACGCUCCUUUGGGUAUACUGGGCCUUUGAGGCCAACACUUUGAAUUGUGCUGGGAAACGUUCUGGGAGCCAGUGAAGAUCCUUGAGGACCAAUGUUUCAUGGUCCUGGCAGCCAACCCCAGACACCAGUCUAGCAGAAGCAGGAAGCAGCUUUCACCUCUGUCCCCCGAAAGCGCUUGCCUCUGCCAUUCCUUCUCUAACCCUUCUCCCCAUUCUUUGUUUUGAAUCCUUGUUGCUCUUUCAGAGGAAGGAUCUUUUGGCAGAAAUGGGUCUUGAUUCUUCUGAGGCAGAGAAGACUCCGCUGGACGCCAGAGUGAGGCCUCUGGGUAAGGAGGAAGGAGUGUUUUCUCCCCCGUUUUGUCACAUUCUCAUGGUUUUGAAACUAAUCUCUGAGUUCUUUACAUCUUUUGGGGGAGGACACCUGGAGCUCAGAGGGGGGGAGAUGUAUUUUUGCACAACUAUUAUAUGAAAUGGGUACAAAUGAGUCCAAAUGUACUCAGCAGGGGAGACGUUUCCGAUAGUAAUUUGAUUAGUUUAAAAUUACAGUUCAUUAAUGGCCUCAUUAUAACAAUGCGAAAUUACAAUACAAUUAGUAAUACCAACCUUUAAAUAUCAAAUUUUAUAGUAUAGGUGGCCCACCCACCCCGCAUGCUAAAACUGAUGGUUUGAUGAUUUUCUUGAUUUCUGCAUUCCAAAAUCUUAUUAUUUUCAAUUACCCUCCUGUCAAGAUAAGAAUCCUUUAUACAAAUAAUAUAUAAAACUACAAGUGAGGCACUCCAGCGAUAUCCUUACUCUUCCCAUGUGUGGCAAUCUUCCUGUUCGUGAUGUUUUUUCCUGUCCUUGUAAAAUAUUUUAUCUUUUCCUGGUUGUUGCUGUUCUCCAUUAUUCCUUGGAUGGAGCUAAUAUCCCAUUGUGGUUUCAGAAAUUCUCCAUCGCUCUGUCCUGUGCUUCGUUGUUUGGCAACUUUAACAGCAGCUGCAAAAAUCACACUGUCCCAAUAAAUAAUCAGUUUUUGCCAUUUUUCUUCUCUGCCUGGGAAGGAGAGGGAUCGGUCAGAAGUGCAAAUGACUCAGUAAUGAACCUUAUCAGCUCCUGCACAACUUUCAGAUUCCUUACAUCCCUCUGUCUGGCCGAAGAUAAAUGCGCAUUUAUCGAAUUAAAUUUAAUUCCAAGUCCUUUUAGCAUUAUUCAGUUCAGUCUGUAUAUAAUACAGGAUGGGGAAGAGUCAGCUCUAAUUUUCCAUCGUAAACAUUUUGCAAAAUAGAGCUUCCCUCCCUUUUUCCUUUUUGUUUUUACACACACAGUUCCAUUUGAUGUUAUAUUUCAUAUCUGCAAUCCAGUUUCAUCCCUGCUCACCUGUACAUAGAUAUUUUCAACUAGUAUUCAAUGGCGGACUGCCAAAUCAUAAAUGCAGAGAAGAAAACGUUAUAUAAAGAAGCCAUAGGCUCCCCUCCCCCCACUCACUGUCUUUUGCAGCAAAUGAAGUUUAUUCUCAAAUUCAAACCUUAAAGACCUUGCAGCUGGUUCAGUUCCGCAGUUUAUGAUCUCAUUUCUUCCAGCAACGCCUGUACAUUAGUCCAAAUUGAGCUCUAAUUGACAGGAGAACCUCUGGUUCUUAAUGGCGGCGAAGGAGGGUUUUCGGCAGGCAAAGGGCUUUUGCACUCAGCGCCUCCCUGCCUCUCGCAAUCCAUGCCGGAGCUGGAGCCUGGUACCGAGACAAACUGGGAGUGAAGCCCGUUCCCCCCUGUCCCUGGGGGAACUUGCAAGGAGAAUUACCCUCAGUCAUCCUUGUUUUUCCUUUGCCAACGAUCUCCCGCUGCCUCCAUUAAAGCAGAGCGGAACCGGAAGCUAGCAGGGGAGACUUGGACAAGCCCCAUCUGUACGUAGAGAUGCACUGUUUCACCUCUGAGAGAAGCAGGCGCUCACGGUUUCCACUUACCUUUGUCUCUCCCAGGUGGAGGAAUGAUGCCACCAAGACCUGCUCCUUCAUCUUUUCAUGGUGGUGGAGGGAGGCAGCGGCUGUGA